AUGAUUGCCAAGUCCAUUCUUCAUUGUGGUAGACAGUGUAUUGGACUGCAAGGUAAAGUCGAGAAUGUAUUGGAUGAGGCCAUAAACCCAGGUAAUUUUCUUGCAAUGCUAAAAUUGCUUGGAGAAUCCGAUCCCGUCUUACAACAUCUGCAGGAAGGUUCUAAAUCGAAAGGUCAAUAUCUGUCACCACGCAUCCAAAACGAAGUUAUUGAAAUCAUGGGGGGUAUCGUCAGAAGCACCAUCUUAUCGGACAUUUGUCAAGCAAAGUUUUAUACAAUCAUGGUUGACGAGGUAGAGUGUCACCACACAGAGCAGAUGCCUCUGUGUAUUUGCUUCAUUGAAUAUGAUGGCAACAUCCGGGAAGAAUUCAUGGAAUUCAUUACACUCAACAGGAUCACAGGAGCCUACAUUGCAGCAGAAAUACUAAGUUGGCUCGAAAAGGUGCAUCUCGACACAGCUGAUAUGAGUAGCCAGUGCUAUGACUGGGCAUCGAAUAUGAGUAGUGAGAAAGUGGGCAUCCAGAAACGUAUCCGCGAUUCAGCACCAAUGGCAGUGGAUGAAGUUAAACAUACAUAUCAGGAUAUACGAGACAACGUCGACAGCCACUUUGACAGAUGGUUCACACAUGCCACCAGAAUGGCUGACAAGGUUGACGUGGGACCGUCACUACCACGCAUAGCGAAGAGGCAACAGCACCGCAGCAACGCGCCUGUCCCUGAAUGCGACUGUAGUGAUAGGUGCAUGUGUGCUGUAAAGGGGUACCAUAUCCGCAACACCGAGAUACCACUCUUGGACCAUAUUAUCGUGGAACUGGAUACUCGGUUCUCAGGUUUGGCAAGAAAUUGCGCCAGACUGAUUGGUCUUGUCCCAUCUGUUCUCUGCGAGAAGGCCGAUCUGGAUGUCAGUGAUGCUGUACAACAAUACGAAGAUGGCUUGCCUUCAAGUGAGCUUAUUCCAGAGGAAAUGAUUCGUUGGAGAGCUCAUUACAUGGAUAUGGAUCGCAACGACCGACCACAAUCAUGCAGUCGUGCCAUUAAAGAAUGCGAUGCGAAGUUAUAUCCGAAUUUACAUGUUCUUCUUCAAAUCGUUUGCACUCUGCCAGUCACAAGUUGUGAGUGUGAAAUAAGCUGCAGCGUUCUCAGGCGCUUGAACACCUACAUGCGAGCAAGUAUGGGUCAAGAGCGUUUAUCGUCUCUGGCCCUGUUACAUAUUCACUAUGGACACAAAAUUGAUCUCGAACAAGUGGUCAACAUGUUCGCAUCUCUCCAUCCAAGGAAACUUGAACUCCAGAAUCUAAUAUUUCAGGUACUGGUGUCCGAGUUACGGGUCAGACGAUUAGAAAUCGUCUUCAUGCAGCCCAUCUUCAUGCUCGUCAACCCCGUAACAUUAUCCACAGACGUGAAUGGUGGAGGGGGCGUCACAACUGGGGACGACAAUGCCCGUGCUCACCGUGCACGAAUCGUCAGUGCUCACGUCCAGCAGCGCAACAGCAAUCGAAUGCCAUGA